CUCUGAUUCAUGCGGAAAAUGCCACGUGAAGCUUCAAAAGAAAUCGACAUUCGCGCCGGCGCAGCCUCCAGCCCAAUCGACUCCGAGCCAAAACGGACAUGCCGAGCCGCCCGAGUUCCGCAGGGCCGCGGCGCCGGCCUCAGUCCGCAGGAACAACUCGCGAACUCGCGCAUGGAGCCAGCGAUCCUCGGCCCGAUGCAGGAGCAACAGCUGCUGGCCCUGGUAUCUUCAGGAGCUUCACACCAACCUCCAGGUACAACGAGUUCGACCCGCUGCAGCACGGCUCGCCCGGAGUUUCUGCCAACGGCGCUAGCGAGCCAAGCUCCCCGUCGCCCACGUCGCCGUACGCCAUGGGCAGCCAGGCGACUUUCCACUCACUCUCGGAGUUCCGCACCAUUGACAUCUCCAAGGUGAAUGAAUCGCGCCAUAAGUGGCAAAGGCUUGACACUUUUCAGACACCGUUCGGGCAUGUGGGGGACAUCGAGGAUCUCACAGAGUCCCCUAAGCGGAGCAAGUCCAAGAACCAUUGCUUCUUCCGAUUUGAGAUGCUGGAGCAGAUCCAGCACGAGCUGUCAGCCAGCUUCCAAGAGAUUCGACACACCUCAGCUUCGCUCUUCGAAGAGAUGCGGCGCUUGCGCGCCGAGGUGCAAAGUUUUCGGGGUCAGAAGCUGGACAUGGAGCAAGUGCUGCAAGUGAUUCAUCAGAAUCAACUUCAAGCGGAGGCAAACUUCUCGGAGGUACUUGAAGCAGUCCGCCAGAAAAGGUGUGACGUCGACUUGACGGAGCUGAACUUCUCUGAGCUCUUGCAAGCGAUUCAGAAGAAGAACUUUGACGCUGAGUUCAUUGCCGUGCUGGAGGCCAUCAAGGCGAACAAAGUGGAUGUGAGUUUCUCCGAAGUGCUCGAAGCGAUCCAGCAGAAGAAGGUUAAUGUAGACUUCACCUCCGUUUUGGAGGCCAUCGAUGCCAAGAAAGUCGAGGUAAACUUCUCUGAGGUACUGCAAGCCAUUCAUCAGAGUAAUCUUCAAGAGGAGGCGAACUUUUCAGAAGUGCUCGGAGCUAUUCAGCAGACAAGGUUUGAUGUGGACUUUACAUCCGUCUUUGAGGCCAUUGAUGCUAAGGAAGUCAAGGUAAACCUCUCAGAAGUGCUUGAAGCGAUCCACCAAAAAAGGUGCGAUGCGGACGUUACCUCCAUUUUGGAGGCAAUUGAUGCCAAGAAAAUCGAGGUAAACUUCUCUGAGGUACUACACGCCAUUCAACAGAAGAACUUUGCAGCUGACUUCAGUGCUGUCUUGGAGGCAAUCAAGUCGAGCAAGGCCGAGGUGAAUUUCUCCGAAGUGCUCGAAGCGAUCCACAAGAAAAAGGUUGAUGUCGACUUCACCUCCAUUUUGGAGACCAUCGAUGCCAAGAAAGUCGAUGUAAACUUUUCUGAGGUAUUACAAGCCAUUCAACAGAAGAACUUUGCAGCGGACUUCAGUGCUGUCUUGGAGGCAAUCAAGUCAAACAAGGUCGAGGUGAACUUCUCUGAAGUGCUCGAAGCGAUCGACGCCAAGCAAGUCCAGGUGAACUUUUCUGAGGUACUGCAAUCGAUUCAGCAGAAGAACUUUGCAGCGGAGUUUAGUUCCGUCUUGGAGGCAGUCAAAGCCAACAAGGUUGAUAUUAAAUUCUCACUGCUUGAAGCCAUCAACACGAAACGCUGUGAUGUGGACUUUACUUCCGUGUUCGAGGCCCUGGAAGUCAUAAAGGCGGACAUGAACUUCGCACAGGUUGUGGACUGCAAGUUUGCAGAGAUGCAGCAGACCAUUCGAGACAUGAAGCUUGACGUUGACAUCACCUCCAUGACACAGUCCAUCGAGAACUUUCAGCAAUCGGUUCGCAUGGAUAUCAAGCCUGCGCUGGAUGCCAUCACAUCGCUGGAUGCUUCCGUCAAGGCAACUGCCGAGGCACGGGUCAGCCUCGACGCAAAGCUCAUCACCAUCGACGAUUUCGACAAGAUGUACGAAAAGCUCGAAGAUAUCGAUGGCAACGGCGAGCAGUUGAAGCGGCUGAUGGAUGGUGGCAACACCUCCCUCCUUGCCGGCAUCUCAUAAGGUGGAACUAUGGUUGCGUUGUUUGUUGUUCAUUGCGCAUAAGGUGAGCCUUUUUGGCUUUUUGUGUUUUGAACUUUUGUUGGUUUGGUAGCCUAGUGGCUGUCCGCCUUUCUGGGUGUGUCUGUUGUUCCGGGGCUUCCGAAGCGAACAGAUUGUUUGUUGGUCAGCUGUCUGUCCCUCGCCUGUCCUUGGGUCCUUGGGCAUCUCCAAAAAUGUUUGGCUACGCAGCGUUCCUCGAAAAGUGAAGCAGACAAUCUGAAGAUAGAUUAUUUGGUCCCCAAGUUCGGCCAAGUUUUAGGGUUGUUGCAAGUGAGGCAACUCAUCCAUGCUUGCCAAGAUGCAAUGCUACCAUGAGGAGUCGAUGAUGGAGCUGUCCAAAGUGGCGAAUGCCAUGACAAGCCGCAGCCCCAGCCACGCGCGGAGCGUAAGAAGAGAUGUCGUCGUCGAGAGCCAUGCCGCUGCGGGGGCGGUGGCUUUGGCGACGGCGAGCGGAGAAUGAGCGCAGAUGAAGCCGCGCUGUAACAUACUCCCAGUUCGGUGCUAAAUAGACCAGUUGGAUGAAAAGGUCCCAGG